CUUCCAGCCGACUUCGGCAGUUGUUUAAGCACCUGUCUGAUUAAGUCAAAAUAUUGACCUUUUGAAACCGGAGCAGGUGAAAUGCUGAGAAGAAGUUUACUGAAUUGUGCAUUUUGCUUUUAUUGGAUAUUCAAGAGCCCGUCUGUUUGUUUGGAUGGGCACCAGAAACCAUUCGGCGCUCAUCGAGAACCCGAUGUUGUCACAGAAGAGCUUCAAACUGUACCGCAUCCGAUAGAGUUUUGGGAAAAAUACGUCUCGAAAAAAAGACCUGUUGUGUUAAGAGGGGCAGCAAAACAUUCCAGGUAUAAUUUUAUAAACGUUUAUUCGUUUUCCCGUAACGUUUGCAAUCGAGUCUCAGUUCUAUAAGGUUGCAAAUAUUUAAGUGUGCCUUUGUGCAUUGGUAAGUUGGGCUUAUGAAUUUUUUAACUUCUAUUUAAUAAGAUUGCAUUUAUUAUUAAAUAGCUCGAGUAUAGUUAGCAUUAUUUUAAUAAGUACUUAAAUUAGUUAGAACUAUUUUAUUUCGAUUUCUGCACUGUGAAGUUUUUUGUAUGGUUAUAGAAAAAGAAUGAGCUUAUAACGAUUUAUAUAAACAAGUUGCUUUUUUUUCAUUUAUCAUUUUUUUUCUUGUUUGGAAAAAACAAAGGAUUUUCCCUAAGGCAAGUUUUAACAGCUGUAAGUAUAAUUACUGUUCAUGCAGAUAUUUGAUUGUGAAAAUGGUGUUGGUUGUAUGACAGCUGUUUUGUUUUCAAAGGGGGUUUAACACCUAAAAGUUCUUCAUACUUUAAGGCAAUUGUUUUCAUUACUUGAUGAGGCUCUUCUUGAAAUAUAUGGCAUGCAUAUUUUCAUGUUUAUGGCAAUGAUACAGUAAGAAAUUGGCCUCUUAGUAUUAAAUACAAUUAUUAAAAAUAGGCCACUUUAAAAAUGAAUAUUUGUGUUACCUGAUAUCAACUUUUAAAGAGCGGAUUGUGAUGUAUUAUAUUUUUAGGGGUGUCUGAAAAAAAAUUCUAGUGACUUCCAAUCAACUACAAUUUAUAAUGAAUUUUAUUGUGGGAGUAAAUAAUUAAUAGCCCUUCAAUUGUUUCAACCCUGUUUAAAAAGAUUUGCAAUGGGUAUGUUGCCAAAAAUUAUUGCAAGCACAGUUAUGUAUAGCCUAAAGGCAAGAUAAUAAGUAUUUUUUUAAAGCAGACGUUGUCUUUCCUGUUUUGAAAUUGCUAACAACAGCAUUAUACUGGAAGGGGUUAAGUGUGAAUUGCAUUUUUCAUUUUUAAUGUUGAAUUGUUAUCCCAGGGCAUACGAAUUAUGGACAGAAGAAUUUCUUAUUUCUGAAUAUGGAAAUCUGACUGUGCGGCUUGAAUCACGAGCUGAAAGUAAUGACAGAAUACCAUCUGGAGAAACAGGAAUUCUAGGUCGUGACACCGUCAGACAUUUUAUACAAAACUACCAGACAAGAGAUGCUUAUGUGAUCUCACAGGUUCCUCAGCCUAUGGAAAGAGACAUAGGAAUUCCAGCAUGUUUAAGGUAACUUUCACCAAGUUCCAACCUUUACUAAGCUUGUGAAUAUACAGCCAUCCUUGCUCCUUGGGACAUGUGCAUCUCAAUGACACAAAUUGCUUGCUGAUGACAUAAAUCAAACUGUUUAUUUGGUUAUUAAAAUGUAAUUUAACUUUAAAGUUAACCAUGAAGAGCUUAGUGGUCAAGCAGUCCACAAGCUUAGCGGUCAAGCGGUUCAUAAGCUUGGCGGUCAAGCGGUUCACAAGCUUAGCGGUUUAGCCAUCCACAAGCUUAGUGGUCCAACAGUUAAAUGGUCAAGUGGUCUACAAGCUUAGCGGCCAAGCAGCCCACGAAUUAGUGGGCAUCCAGUGGUCAAUCCCAUGAGUGCAUGCUCACAUGGUACGUGAUAGCUUUGUACACUAGCUGCUAGGAUGUGCGAGUUCCUCAUUGAGCAUUUGUGCAAUUUUCUGUGGAGUGGUUCAUUUAGCGUUUUCCCCCCUCCCAUCCCUUAUUAAAUGUUUCAUCAGUGUGAUAGGUGCCUGGAAUGGGGGCUCAUGGCUUGGUUUCAGGGAUUUGCCAGCCAUGGGGGCAGUAUUCUAUCUGGGGGCUGGCUGGCCACAGUGGAAGCCCUUGGGUAUCCCAGGCACCCACCUUCCACUUAAGGGAGGCAGUUGGUUAAACACAGUUAAUCUAGUAGUCAUGGGGUUCCAAAAUAUAUAAAAUUUGUGCGAGUUUAUGCAUCUCCUGUUUGACCGUGCAUGUGGUUGAUACUGUGAAAAAGUCAAGAAAAUGUUUUGCUUUUGUGAGUCUAUACCACUGUAAGUUUUGAUUGACAUGUGUGGCUGUAUUGCAAGGAAGCUGAAGGUCACUCAAUAAAUUUAUAAGUUAUUGAACUUUAAUUCUCUUUACCUUGCAGAUGUGGUUCUUUUGUUGAAGCCCUCCAAGAGGUUCACCUUUUUCUUUCAGCCCGUGGAGGCCAAACAAAGCUUCAUCAGGAUCCUUACAGUAAUAUACAUUGUGUUUUUAAUGGUACCAAAGAUUGGCUACUAGUUCAUCCAGACCAGACAAAUCUUGUUUACAUGUCGGAAGAUUCUGCAUUUGAGUGGGGAGGAUAUUCAGAGAUUGAUGUUGAUUCUGUUGACCUUGAAUUGUUUCCAUUAAUUAACGACGUGCAUUACUCGAAAGUAACAAUGAAUAAAGGUGACUGCAUCUUUAUGCCUGGAGGUGAGCUUAAACUUUCAAUUAAAUACAGUAUUAGUAGGUUCUUGUCAUACUCAGACACUUAUCUACUUGUUAACUAAAUUAAUGCAAGAGUAUUAAUUCUACCUUAGUUAAGCUUCCACUCUGUUUGCUUUAAAAGUUUAUAUUUCAUCAUAUUUUCAGGAGAUUCAGAUAACUUGAUCCCUUGUAUUACAACUGGAAAUUAAGGGUGUAGCAAGCAACUGAAAUCAUACUGUCAUAUCAAGAGUAUCACCUUCAUAUUAAUUUUUGGAUCUUUUAUAAUGAGAACCAGAAUUCAACAGUGGAUUAACUCUAUUCUUUCACAAUAUUAAAAAAAAAAAAAAAACAUCCAGGGUGCCCAGCAUUGAUUUCUAUUAAUGAAACUUUCUAGUCAUCUGGACGCAAACACGAAGCACCAGGGACUAAUAAAAUUAAAUUUCAGUGGCGAUGAUGAAGAUGUGACUGUAGUAUUUCAGUGGAGAAAUGAGUGUAGAAAGGUUUCAGGGACUAAUGGAUAAUUAAAGGAAACAAAAUUUUAUUUGUCUUAAUUCCAGGUUACUGGCAUCAAGUUCGCUCUUGGGGGCACAUGAAUUCUGCUGUUUCAAUUUGGUUUUCACAAGUGAAGCAUUUUACAGAUCAAGGCUGUGACCAAGCAAAGAUUGACUUCACACCAAUGAAUCAAGUGAUGGUGCUAUGGCGCUUUUCUGGGCAUGGCAAUCUUAGUCAAGGCCACAUGGAUAUCCACAUUGUUAAGAGAUUUCUGUUGAUGCUGGCUGACAGUGAGGGAAAAAUAUGGUUGAAAAGCUGUUUUGUUUUCAAAGGGGGUUUAACACCUAAAAGUUCUUCAUACUUUAAGGCAAUUGUUUUCAUUACUUGAUGAGGCUCUUCUUGAAAUAUAUGGCAUGCAUAUUUUCAUGUUUAUGGCAAUGAUACAGUAAGAAAUUGGCCUCUUAGUAUUAAAUACAAUUAUUAAAAAUAGGCCACUUUAAAAAUGAAUAUUUGUGUUACCUGAUAUCAACUUUUAAAGAGCGGAUUGUGAUGUAUUAUAUUUUUAGGGGUGUCUGAAAAAAAAUUCUAGUGACUUCCAAUCAACUACAAUUUAUAAUGAAUUUUAUUGUGGGAGUAAAUAAUUAAUAGCCCUUCAAUUGUUUCAACCCUGUUUAAAAAGAUUUGCAAUGGGUAUGUUGCCAAAAAUUAUUGCAAGCACAGUUAUGUAUAGCCUAAAGGCAAGAUAAUAAGUAUUUUUUUAAAGCAGACGUUGUCUUUCCUGUUUUGAAAUUGCUAACAACAGCAUUAUACUGGAAGGGGUUAAGUGUGAAUUGCAUUUUUCAUUUUUAAUGUUGAAUUGUUAUCCCAGGGCAUACGAAUUAUGGACAGAAGAAUUUCUUAUUUCUGAAUAUGGAAAUCUGACUGUGCGGCUUGAAUCACGAGCUGAAAGUAAUGACAGAAUACCAUCUGGAGAAACAGGAAUUCUAGGUCGUGACACCGUCAGACAUUUUAUACAAAACUACCAGACAAGAGAUGCUUAUGUGAUCUCACAGGUUCCUCAGCCUAUGGAAAGAGACAUAGGAAUUCCAGCAUGUUUAAGGUAACUUUCACCAAGUUCCAACCUUUACUAAGCUUGUGAAUAUACAGCCAUCCUUGCUCCUUGGGACAUGUGCAUCUCAAUGACACAAAUUGCUUGCUGAUGACAUAAAUCAAACUGUUUAUUUGGUUAUUAAAAUGUAAUUUAACUUUAAAGUUAACCAUGAAGAGCUUAGUGGUCAAGCAGUCCACAAGCUUAGCGGUCAAGCGGUUCAUAAGCUUGGCGGUCAAGCGGUUCACAAGCUUAGCGGUUUAGCCAUCCACAAGCUUAGUGGUCCAACAGUUAAAUGGUCAAGUGGUCUACAAGCUUAGCGGCCAAGCAGCCCACGAAUUAGUGGGCAUCCAGUGGUCAAUCCCAUGAGUGCAUGCUCACAUGGUACGUGAUAGCUUUGUACACUAGCUGCUAGGAUGUGCGAGUUCCUCAUUGAGCAUUUGUGCAAUUUUCUGUGGAGUGGUUCAUUUAGCGUUUUCCCCCCUCCCAUCCCUUAUUAAAUGUUUCAUCAGUGUGAUAGGUGCCUGGAAUGGGGGCUCAUGGCUUGGUUUCAGGGAUUUGCCAGCCAUGGGGGCAGUAUUCUAUCUGGGGGCUGGCUGGCCACAGUGGAAGCCCUUGGGUAUCCCAGGCACCCACCUUCCACUUAAGGGAGGCAGUUGGUUAAACACAGUUAAUCUAGUAGUCAUGGGGUUCCAAAAUAUAUAAAAUUUGUGCGAGUUUAUGCAUCUCCUGUUUGACCGUGCAUGUGGUUGAUACUGUGAAAAAGUCAAGAAAAUGUUUUGCUUUUGUGAGUCUAUACCACUGUAAGUUUUGAUUGACAUGUGUGGCUGUAUUGCAAGGAAGCUGAAGGUCACUCAAUAAAUUUAUAAGUUAUUGAACUUUAAUUCUCUUUACCUUGCAGAUGUGGUUCUUUUGUUGAAGCCCUCCAAGAGGUUCACCUUUUUCUUUCAGCCCGUGGAGGCCAAACAAAGCUUCAUCAGGAUCCUUACAGUAAUAUACAUUGUGUUUUUAAUGGUACCAAAGAUUGGCUACUAGUUCAUCCAGACCAGACAAAUCUUGUUUACAUGUCGGAAGAUUCUGCAUUUGAGUGGGGAGGAUAUUCAGAGAUUGAUGUUGAUUCUGUUGACCUUGAAUUGUUUCCAUUAAUUAACGACGUGCAUUACUCGAAAGUAACAAUGAAUAAAGGUGACUGCAUCUUUAUGCCUGGAGGUGAGCUUAAACUUUCAAUUAAAUACAGUAUUAGUAGGUUCUUGUCAUACUCAGACACUUAUCUACUUGUUAACUAAAUUAAUGCAAGAGUAUUAAUUCUACCUUAGUUAAGCUUCCACUCUGUUUGCUUUAAAAGUUUAUAUUUCAUCAUAUUUUCAGGAGAUUCAGAUAACUUGAUCCCUUGUAUUACAACUGGAAAUUAAGGGUGUAGCAAGCAACUGAAAUCAUACUGUCAUAUCAAGAGUAUCACCUUCAUAUUAAUUUUUGGAUCUUUUAUAAUGAGAACCAGAAUUCAACAGUGGAUUAACUCUAUUCUUUCACAAUAUUAAAAAAAAAAAAAAAACAUCCAGGGUGCCCAGCAUUGAUUUCUAUUAAUGAAACUUUCUAGUCAUCUGGACGCAAACACGAAGCACCAGGGACUAAUAAAAUUAAAUUUCAGUGGCGAUGAUGAAGAUGUGACUGUAGUAUUUCAGUGGAGAAAUGAGUGUAGAAAGGUUUCAGGGACUAAUGGAUAAUUAAAGGAAACAAAAUUUUAUUUGUCUUAAUUCCAGGUUACUGGCAUCAAGUUCGCUCUUGGGGGCACAUGAAUUCUGCUGUUUCAAUUUGGUUUUCACAAGUGAAGCAUUUUACAGAUCAAGGCUGUGACCAAGCAAAGAUUGACUUCACACCAAUGAAUCAAGUGAUGGUGCUAUGGCGCUUUUCUGGGCAUGGCAAUCUUAGUCAAGGCCACAUGGAUAUCCACAUUGUUAAGAGAUUUCUGUUGAUGCUGGCUGACAGUGAGGGAAAAAUAUGGUUGAAUGAUUUUAUAGCAAAGUACCUUAAUAGUGAAAGUGAUGUUAAAAGAGAUGUGAUGAGGGAAGAUGAAAGGGAAAGACAAAAACAGGUAAUUCAUCAAAACCCUACUGAUGAAUUUUUUUUCUCUUUGACCAGGGGUGGGAUGAACCUUGCAAUAUUAUUUAAAAAAGAAACAUGACAAUAAUGUUACGAAAAUCACUCAAGAGUAAAGGCAGCUAAGUGUUCUCAACCACAGGAAAAUGGCUGUUGCACCCAAUUUUUAGUCAUCGUUUAAACUGAUAAAUAAUAUUAAUAUUGCAUGCCUGACAAGUGCAAAAAUGAGGAUAAUCCAAGUGCUUUUUUUCAUUGGGUAUCUGUUGUAGUUAAUUUUUUAAUUUCAGGAAAUUUUUCUUUUUCUUUUGUUUCAACUGCAUGCAUUAGCUACAUUACCAUACCCAAAAACAAGAGAAUAAAAAUUAUCUGAGAUAAAAAAAUUAGCUACGACAUAUCCAGUAUGCAUGAAAUCAAUAAUUUGCUAACUUGGGAUCCAUAUGGAUGAAAGCUAGGAUACAUUAGAGGUCAAUUAAUAAUUGAUUUCAAGUUAAAAUUUUUUAACCUAAAGGUUGAUUCUUAAUUUUUAUCUCAUUGCAGCUAGUUGAUUACUUAGAUCCUGAUGGUAAAGGCUUUGUCACUGAAGAGUAUGUGCAGAACCUUUCUGUUGAUCAGAUGAAGGAAGUCUUGUUGUUUAUUGACCCUACUGAUGUCUCAAAUACUGAAGAACUUGAGUACAGCCACAUUGAUGCAGGUUACAUUGAGUGAGUGGUAUUUUGAAAAGAAUAUUAAUUACAGAUUGUAGUAAUAAUAAAGCCAGCCAUAAGGGAGGUAGCUAGAUGGGUAGUCAGUUUGGUAGUAAGUCAGAUUAGUAAAGGUAGUUCAUGGUCUGUCAAACAGCUAGCAGUCAAGCCAUCCUGGUUAGUCAUUCUGUUCAUGAAUGCGAGUGAGUCAGUUGGUCAGACAGCCAAAGGAAAAGGAAGGAAAAAGGACAAGUUAGUACUACAAGUAAGUUGUUAAUGAGGCAGUCAGCCAGCCAGUCAGGUAAUUCUGAUCAAUAAUUUGUCACUCAUUUACAGGUAGUCAGUCAAUCAAACAAGCCAAGUUAACCAGUUAAUAAGUUGAUUAAAAAUACAGUACUGUUCCAAUUACUUACAGAGAUCUAUUGGCCCAGUGCUAUAAUAAAAGAGGAAUCUUUGAUAAAGACAAGUUUAUGUCAAGUUAUGUUCAGGUAAGGGAAGAGAAUGCUUUUCUUAGAUAACAGUGUCUUGGAUAGAUGCAUCUUUUAUCUUUUUAACGUGGGGAUUUUGAUGUAAAGUUUUAAUUCACCUCUCUUGCCCAACAAGUUAAGCAUGCAAACAUCACAUCUGUAUUAAAAAUAUGUGCACAAAUGAAGGCAUCUGUUAAGAACACAAAAAAAAAAGCAUGAACAAGAACAUCCUUAAAAAAGAAAUUUAAUGUCCUUAUUACUUAAACCAAAGGUCCUGUCUUAAGUUAGCUUGAGAUCAUGCCCUCUCCCUAUCCCCCUAAAAGUAGGCAUUGAAGCCUCUGUUUGUGGGUGUUAUACAGUCAUGUAAUGGACUGUAAAUUUUAUGUUGUAGUUUAACUGUUUUAUUUAUAUCUUGCUAAAUCUCGUUAGGAUCUUGGAGGAACUCAUAAAAAAGCCCUUGAGGUUUGUAAAUGGUUUUCUUAACGUUUGCAACUUUUAUAUGGUGAUCAUUACUCUGAAUUUUACUGGACAGUAUAUGAAUAGCAAGGUUCAUUUCUAACAAAAUUGUGGUGCUACAUCAGUGAGGGAGUGAAACACAAAACUUAAAUUUAAGCAACUGAGUUGAUGAAGUCUAAUAUUCCACAGCCUGCUCCACGGACAAUCAGUACAUCUGCAAGCCAGCACCAAAAUCCUUACUCUGGGCCCUAAUUAUCAGUGUACUAGGAUUUGAGGACAUGCCAUGGUUGGCCUGUUAAAAAAGCCAUUGCUCAAUUAAUUGGCCAAUCAGGUUGAAGGAAAAUUUGAACACACUUCUGGUAAUUCAUUGAGUCUGUUGGGGGCCCAGAACAAAGAUCUCCACAUCGCUUCACAAAUUUUUAACCUGGGUUAAAAUAAAUUACAUCUACCAGUGACUGUACCACUGACAUUCAGAAGCUGAUAGCAGAAGGCUACACUGAACUUAUAAGGCUGUGUUAUUAUGCUAAACCAGAUAGCUCUUGCGCCAGCGUGAAAACCACAUUACACAUAAGAACAAUGAUUUCGGCACAGUGUUUUAAGUGGAUCAUCACACAUCAGAUAGGUUUCUGUGUCACUCUUUGCAGUAAUGUAAACAGGUAUUUACAGUGGCAGGGAAGUGCAUGAGAAGGAGUGGGGACUGGAACCCACUGAGAUGAACAUAAAUUAAUAUUCAGGAGCUGUGGGGAUUGGGAUUUAAUUUAGUAAACCAAACCCUCUCGGCCAACCACUUCGGUGUUCUAGUUCUGGCCCUGGUUUCUGAUAGGCUGAUAAGCACUAAUCCAGGAUUAAAAAUUCUGUUCCACUUUUUGUAUUUACCUUUCUACACCUGUAUGCAUUGCUUAAAGAGUUAAACAUUUUGUGUUAUCAUCAUUUAAUCUUGGAGUAAAGACACAACAGUAUUUUGUAAGCUGUAGUGACAUGUUCUUAGAUGAGAAAACCUUGCUUGAAAUUUGUUUUAAUCCUGGGUUAAACUUAACCAUCUUUCAGAGAACCGGGCCCUGGGGUUGUAUCUGUUUAUACUGGCCCAGAGUACUAUUUUUUCUUGUCAACUUGACUAUUAUAGCGUAGACAUAAAACCUAAGUGCUCAAAACAUUACCUUUGACCUUUGAAUUGUCAUUUCAGUUAUUGGUAAAUCUCAUGGCUAUUAUUUUGCCUACAGAUUGUAGAGAGUCUUGGAGCAGCUAACAAAGAGGUUUCUCUGGCUUCAAUAGUGCCAUUAAUCCCACAAGCUUUGCACAAGUUUCACAGUUCAAGAGUACAUGACCCAACUUUUGAACGGAAAAUGUAUCAACAUUUACGUGAACAUGACGAACUUUAACUAAGUCUUAAGAAUUAACAUUCACUGCAUUAUAAUAAAAAGCACUCAAUUGUAAUAUAAAAAUAUGAAUGAAAAUUAACUAGAACCACUACGUGGAACUUACCGGGACCCAGUGGGACACGGGAUUGCAUAGUUUACCUCUCACACCCCUUCCCCCUCCUCUGUGGAGGCUAAUACUUAGUCUGAAUUAACUCAUGCAGAAGAAAAGCAACAAAAUGCAUGAGAAAGGAGGAUGUUGUUAUAACGGUCUGUGUUAUAGUACUGUUUUUACACUGUGAUGUCAAUAAGUGUGAUCUGUAUAAGGCUUUUAUUUGUUUUUAAGUUUGAGUGAAAGAGCAAAAAUCACUGACAGUUUUGGGUUGAAUAGUAAUGACAAAGUUUGCAAAGAAGUUUGUUACAGAAUUAUCACAAUUUUGCCUACAUGGUCUGCAUUACACUUCUCAUAGAACAAACAUGCAUGUUCAUGGAGAGCCUGUAGUGUUGAAGAAUCCCAGUAAGUGCAUGAUUUGAUGACAGAGAAACAAACUGCAUAUAUGGACAUAAUAAAAUGCUUAUUUAUUGAUGACUGAGUAUCAUUUGUUAAUUCACUGCACAUUGAAAUGGAGGCAUUUGAUUGUAAGGCAGUGGUUGAUA